AGCCACUCCAGUCGGCGGGGAAAACGAGAGGAGAGGAGCAGGAGCAGGAACAGGAGCAGGGAAAAGGGGGACCAAGAGGGGACCGUCCUCUAUGGGGUGUGCCCUGAGCUCCGAGUGCUGCGGAGAAGAGCUGUGCCCCGUGCCAGUGGGGGCACCGGCCGCUGGAAAUGGGGGGCUAACGAAGGACAUGAAAAUGAAGCAGACUAAGCCAGCAAAGAAGGAUCUGCACACUUUCAAGGAGAAGUCCUUCAAGAAGAGGCGGCAGUGCGCAGUGUGCAAGCAGCCAGUGGAGAAUCUGGGGUCCUUCUGCCGGGUGUGUAAGACAGCAGCGCACAAGAAAUGCGAAGCCAAGGUGGCCACAUCCUGCCAGCCAGCGCCCCCCUCUGACCUGCAGAGACGAGGCACGGCCUCCUCAAGGCACAGCCAGCAUCUGGGGUCGGUCAAGUCUCUGAAUUACCCCAAGCAGAGGAGCACCCUUCCCAGGAGCUUCAGUCUGGACCGAGUCAUGGACAGGGUCAUGGAGCGACAUUAUGACUUCGACUUGACCUACAUCACAGAGAGGAUCAUUUCGGUCUUCUUCCCGUCAGUCCUGGAGGAGCAGCGCUACCGUAGUAACUUGAAGGAAGUGGCAGCCAUGUUGAAGUCCAAGCAUGAAGAUAAGUACCUGCUCUUCAACUUAUCUGAGAAGAGACACGACAUUGGCCGCCUGAACCCCAAGGUUCAGGAUUUUGGUUGGCCAGACCACCACGCUCCACCACUAGACAAGAUCUGUGCCAUCUGCAAAUCCAUGGAGACCUGGCUGACCUCUGACCCCCAACACGUGGUGGUGCUUCACUGCAAGGGCAACAAAGGAAAAACGGGGGUGAUCAUCGCAGCCUAUAUGCACUACAGCAAGAUAUCAGCAGGAGCAGACCAGGCCCUCAGCACACUGGCCAUGAGGAAGUUCUGCGAGGACAAGGUGGCCACAUCAAUGCAGCCUUCCCAAAACAGGUAUGUCUACUACUUCGGAGGUCUGCUCUCUGGGACGAUUAAGAUGAACAGCAGUCCUCUGUUCCUGCAUCAAGUCCUCAUCCCAGCAAUCCCCAAUUUUGAGCCCAAUGGAGGCUACUUCCCCUUUCUGAAGAUCUACCAGUCCAUGCAGCUCGUCUACACAUCAGGAAUUUACAAUGCUCAGAACCAGGGAAACCGGAAGUUGUGUGUGACCGUCGAGCCAGCACUCCUACUGAAAGGUGACAUAAUGGUGAAGUGCUAUCACCGUCGUACAAAGUCUCCAGACCGUGACGUGGUCUUCAGGGUGCAGUUCCACACUUGCACCAUCCAUGGAGCCCAGCUGUGGUUUGGGAAAGGGGAGCUGGACGACGCUUGUGCAGAUGACCGAUUUCCAGCAGAUGCAAAAGUGGAAUUCAUUUUCUCUUCAGGACCUGAGAAGAUUAAAGGUCGGGACGUAAUCAAGAAUGAUCCAGCAGUCAGUGUGGACUACAACACCUCCGACCCGACUGUGCGCUGGGACUCGUAUGAGAAUUUCAACCUGCAUCACCAAGACAGCUUGGAAGACAUCUCCCACACCCGAGGUCCGCUGGACGGCAGCCUUUAUGCCCAGGUGAAGAAGAAGCGCAGCCCUGGCUCUCUGACCUCGAAUGGAAGCCCCGGCAGCAUUGAGCACAGCCACCUCUUAUCUUUAAGUACGGAUUCCGGACACUCGUCUGCUCCCACCGAAAGGCUGGAAGAUCCACCAUCGCGUCCAGCUCCUCCAUCCCGGUCAGAAAAGGAAGAGCUUGAUCGGUUACUGGGAGGAUUUGGAGUGAGAGGAGCACCAGAACGGGAACGGGAGACGGCCAUCUUGGACGAUGGAGACAUCCAAGCUGACACGGAGAGACUCGGGACGUUGCGCCUGGCCCGCUCUUGCUCCUGCAGAGUCGGCUACCGUUCACAGCAUUGCCGAGAGAUGACGUGUGAACGACUCCCCAACGGCUCCUGCUUUGGCCUGGAGAGAAACGGGCUCCCACCAGGACAUCUUGAGCUGUACCAGCACCGUGCCACUCUGCACCACCAGGAUGAACUCUGGGAUAAGCCUCAGCCGCAACAGUCACGCUGCCUUCACCGGUCCUACUCUGAGGGUCCAAGUCGCCAUCUUCAUCCAUACUCUUUGGAAUACUCCCAUCCUCCCAGCAUGCCUCACCGAGUGUGCUGCCGAGAAGAAUAUGCCCCAUACCACUCUCGGCACCAGCCCCCCAAUCCUUACAGAGAGCUUCUGAUCGUGGAGGGUCAGCCCCUCAGCCUGACGCCAACUCCUUGUGCCUGCCGAGACUGCCGGCUCAUUAGCACCCCUUCUUCUCGGGAAGACUCCAGCCACUCCAGCUUUCACACUCUCAGGCUUGACAGAGAGGGGCCGCACUGGGAGGCGGGCCGGCACCGGGAUCAGGAGGCAGGGCUGCACUGGGAAAUGGAUAACCAUAGGGACCGGGAGGUGGAGUUCCGAAGGGAGGCGGGGCUACACUGGGAGGCCGGCCUUCAUGCCGAGAGAGAUGCCACACUGAGCCGAGAGCCCAGCUAUCCGUGGGAAGGGAGCCACUUGAGAGACAGAGACGUGGAGAUGUGGCACCCGAAAGUCGCCGUCUCCCCUCGAUAUCCACAUGGGUCCCAACCGACCCCCUUGGUGAUGGCAGCUGAACAUUACGGGCACCGGCACUCGCCUCAGGGUCAUGAGGUCACCACCUUUAACUAUGAGCGCCUUCCACCAGAGCAGCCAGUGUAUAUCGAGCCGUCAGCCCCUCUGCCUCACACGGCCCACUGCCCCGAGGUCAAGUACAGCAACAACGGCUACCAGACCCCAAGAGCCUGUGCCUGCUCCCCUUACCAAGCCCCACCGUCUUCUCGCACCCUCUCCUCCACCGACAGCCGGGGCUAUGGAUCCGGGUACCAGUCGGAGUCGACCUCCCCUGUGCCACCACCCUCCAGGACCCCCGGACCUUGUGACGUGCCUCCAAAGGGCAGCGGUGUGGAAGAAUAUCAGCAGGCUGUGGCUGAGGACCGGGCGGAGCGCUAUAAAAGAGAUGUCCCAGGGGUCGUCCCCGUCGAAGGUGUGACUUGGCGGGAGCCCGUGGCACACGGAUCCUUGAGAAGGUUUCACCGAGAGGCUCGAAUCAUCUGCUCCACGCCCUCUGAAUAUUCGGGUCCACCUACGCCUGUCCACACUAGCAGUCCACUGCAGAGUCGAGACAGUCCAACACCGGGAGACUCCGGCACCCCCGAAUUCCAGACAGCCUGGAGCCGAUGGUUGACCGGAGAUGUUCAAAGGCCGCAUCACCGCCACCUGAGCCAGGGGGAUUCCAGCAUCCCCAAGGUGCCCAACUGGAGCAUCAGGCAGGACCACCAGUGCAGCAAAAUGGGAAGUCUAAGCAGCGGAGUGUAUACCUACCCUUCAGACUCCUCCACCUCCUGGAGCAACAGCCAGUCAGACACGUCUCAGCUAUAUGAAAAGGUCCAGUCCACUGGCCACAAUGGGAUGCCACAGGGCGGCUCUGCGAUGGAGGUUUCCACACCGGGCUCUCCGGCCUCCAACUGCUGCCCAGCAAGUUCUUUAUCAUCCUCGUCUGUCUCGGCACAGCAGACGCCGCCUCAUUCCUGCACUUCCAGUCCCACGGCAGCGGCGCCCCCUGCUCCUCAGACUGUAGACCUGCACCUCAUCACCCCUCCAGUGCCACAGGUUAAUGGGGUGACUGUGAAAGAGACUGGUGCCCAAAGACAGCUCCCCAAUGCCAACCUGGAAAGUGAAAUAUCCAAGACUGGCAGCUCCUCUUUGAAUUACAGCUCAGCACCUGCUUCCCCUGGCACCAUGGCGGUCUGCACUCCUCACACGGGUUCUGCCCCCCACUCCCCGGGGCCAGAGAACUUGGAGCCUCCCGUGCCAGGUUCACAUCACACCCAAGCCUUCUUGCUUAGUGACCCAGGCUUGUCACCCACCUCGUCCAGCCAAGGAAGCCCUUCUGAAGGCAGCGUCACCCCUUCCUUCCCCAUCUCAACAGCGUACUACACUGGGCAGAGUGGGAGCCAAGGAUCUGGCCAGUUCUCUGGGUACACGGCUGUUACCAUCCCACCGGCAGACAUGCAGCCACCGCUGCCAGAAAAGAGGCGCCUCUCCUCCAUUAACGAACGGUCACCUCCACCCAGCUCUCCCAACGGUCGCUCAUCGGCGCUCAGAAGCCCAUCCAGCCCAAAUCCUCCACAGCAUGUAACGUUCUCCAUCACGGCUGGAGACCUGGCAGAAGGGGAGUUGGACAAUGGCAUCAGUGCCAAGUUUGUGCAGGAUACGUCAAGGUUCUGGUACAAGCCAAGCAUCUCCAGGGACCAAGCAAUCGCUCUACUGAAGGAGAAGGAGCCUGGGCACUUCCUGAUCCGGGACAGCAACUCUUUCCAGGGGGCUUAUGGACUUGCACUGAAGGUGGCCACCCCACCCCCCAACGCCAAUAUGCAGAACUGCAAAGGUGACCCAAAGGAGCAGCUGGUGCGACACUUCCUCAUCGAAACGGGCCCAAAAGGGGUGAAAAUCAAGGGGUGCCAGAAUGAGCCUCACUUUGGAAGUCUCUCGGCUUUGGUCUACCAGCAUUCCAUCACACCCAUCUCUCUGCCCUGCAAGCUGCGCAUCCCAGAAAAAGACCCAAUUGGAGAGGGCCAGGAAAUCUGCACCCCAACCCACAUGAGCACAGCAGCCGACCUGCUCAAGCAGGGGGCAGCAUGCAAUGUCCUGUUCCUAAACUCGGUGGAGACAGAGUCGCUGACGGGACCGCAGGCCGUGGCAAAGGCCAUCAGCUCGACACUGUCACGCAGCCCACGCCCCGGUGCCACAGUCGUGCAUUUCAAAGUGUCGGUGCAGGGCAUCACGCUGACGGACAACCAGCGCAGGCUCUUCUUCAGACGUCAUUACCCCCUGAACAGUGUAACAUUCAGCAGCUUGGACCCCCAGGACCGAAGAUGGCCAAAGCCUGAUGGCACCACCUCCAAGUUGUUUGGCUUUGUGGCCAAGAAGCCAGGCAGCCUGCUAGAGAACGUCUGCCACCUGUUUGCUGAGCUGGACCCUGAGCAACCAGCCACAGCCAUCGUGAACUUCAUUAACAAGGUCAUGCUGGGACCUCAGCGAAGGUAGAGAGAGAAAACCAAAAAAAAAAAAGAGACCUCCAUAGUGUUGUCGUGGUGAUGGGCUUGGAGGUGUCCACUAGGAAGUUCUAUCCAUUAUAGUGCCUUGUAGGCAUCUGACAACCAAAGUGAAGCAAAGAUGCCAUACAUAUAUAUAUAUAUAUAAAUGUAUAAUAUUUCUUACCAAAGUUGUGUUAAUGAAACUUUUCUUGCUUCUUCCAGUGCACAAUGACACUUUGUUUAUAUAAUCCAAGCAUCCAGGUGGGCAUCAGAUUUCCGACAUGCCCAGCUCACUAUCCACCGCUGUCCUAAAUAUCACCUACUAGAAGACAGACAAUGACCCCUGGUGGCAGAAAAAAAACACAACAAGACAUUAGAGUGGAAGUACUGCUAGCCUUGUGGGUGACAUUAUAGUCCUUCAUAAACUUAAAACACACCUAGCUUCACUGGACGGAUACCCCCAGGUCCCACCUAUGUUUAGUUGGUUAAGAGCCCCCUCAUAGUCCUCCCACUAAUAAUAAUCAGUGCUAAUCCCCCCAAAAUAAGAGACGCUUCACCCCUUGAAGACAUGGCAGGGGACAAGUUGCUAAAAAUCUGGGUAUUGGAUGGCAGCGAAAUCCAUAAACCAAAUCUCCUCCUGUCCGUGCACUUUAAACGUUCGGGGUCACAGUGUCCCAUUUCUGCUCAUGCAUUGUACAAAUACGUAAAAACAGCUAUGCAAAGUCAGAGAGAGGGCAAAAGGAAGUGAACAAAAGACUUUAGAUACUCGGGUGUUAAAGGCUGCAGCCAUGUUGUGGUAUGGUGUGGCAUGCUUGGUGUUUCUAGUUGGACGGCAAUGUGGGGUUCUGCUGGAGUCGUGUUCGCGUCAUUAGGUGCAUCUGCUGUUUCCGAAAUCUUCGUUAUCAACGCGCUCUAUAGGGUUUAGCUCAAAUUCAUUUUCAUGCCAAUGUAAGCUGCUAAAUGUUUAAACCUCAUGCCGAUUGCGCACGACACACGGCCGGCGGCAGCAUGUCCUUCACGUUUACCACAAGCCCCGUGAUGUUCGCUGAAUGCCAACGUAUAGUCUUGCUUUUACGGAAAGGUUUUCCCCUAGCAACAGGUGUGGAAUGGUCUCCGCACACACAACACGUGUUUAGGAGGCUUUUUCAGCCAUAGUGUUUCUGCUGUAACCGCAGGUUUGCUGUCAGUCAGAAGCUGUUAACAACAUAACCAUUGCCUUGCUGUUGUGAUCUGUUAUUUAUUGAGAGUAAGAUACGAGACACAUGAAUGGUGACUCUUCCUAUGAAGUCAGUAGACGGAUUGGGAGUUCAUGGGGGGGUCAUGAGGUCGCAUGAAAGGGGUGUGCGACGCUCCUGAUAUAUCAAAAGGACGAAGGUCCAAGUCUUUAGAGUCCUGGUGCUUCCUGUCUGUGAGACAUGGACGCUAUCCAGUGACCUGAGAUGAAGACUGGACAACUCUGGUGUCUCUUCAGAGGGUCCUUGGGUACCACUGGUGUGACUUUGUGUUGGUCACGGAGUCCCGAAUGUGGCACAUCACCUGCAUUGUGAGGGAGCGUCAGUUACGGUACUACGGCCAUGUGGCACCAUUACCUGAGGGUGAUCCGGCUUGCAGGACCCGAGUGGCUGGACCAGGCCAAGGGGACGCCUGGCUGCGGCAGAUAGAGGGUCAUUUCUGGAGGGUGGGACUGGACCGCGUGUCUGCCUGGGGGGGGUUGCCAACUGGGAUCCCGAGCUGUUUUGUUGUGUGGUGGGUGCGGCAACGCUCUGUACCAGUGCCUGCUCCUCAACCGGACCUGACCUGACCUGUAAGAUAUGAUACAAAGCAAUGUAAAAACAGGAAAACAUAUACGAUAUAUAAAAUUACAGACUUUAAAAACAACGAAUGACAAGCUAUGUCUGAAAAAUCAUUAACUCAUGACGUUUAGACGUUAAAGGGGCCAGCCCCCCCCAAUCCCACCCCUAAGACUUCACUGUCUCAACACCAAAAUGCCCGCUCACCCAUAAGGGCAAACACCCAACUGUCCAUAGUAUGUAAAUCAUAAUACAGAGGAAAAAAAAAUCCCUAAACACGGCACAGUUGGCUUUCGAUUUUCUAACAUUUUUCUAACAUUUUAUUGAAUUUAUUAAAAGCAAAUAACAUUCCAUAAAAGCAAGUCAAAUUUUACAAAACUAAGUUCACAUCAAAGCAACCCCCACCCACGAGAAAGACAGCUAGGCCAACAGAGUGAAACUUUAAUUGUAGGAAAAAUAAAUACCUACAAUAAAUAAAUAAAGAUAAUUAGUGAUGGCCCCCCCACUUUCUAAUGUCCCAUUAAUUCUCGAAGCUGAGCUUUCUAACAGCAUCAAACUAUAACAUGAAAAGCUCCAGUGACUAAAGGAUCCACCGACACACUAGCAGAGGUUUUAAAGCGACUGACGCGAUGGACGUAACCCGUCAGUGUAGCUGAGAUAUCAUCAGAAGAUAAGCGGAGACCUCCAGUGAGAUCAGCAGCUGGGGUCUUACAGGUCUUUGAAUAUCCGGAAUGGAGGCAACCAAGCACCCCACUGCUCUGUGCUGUUUAAAUCCCCCUAACCCUAAACCCUAAACCCUUCAUGAGGCAUUGAAGAGUCCCGAGUCGUCUGAUUGUUCCCACCGACGUUUAAGCCAAAUUCUCUCGUCUGGUUCUCUCCAGAUAUACAGUGGGUACAGAAAGUAUUCAGACCCCCUUCAAUUUUUCACUCUUUGUUAUAUUGCAGCCAUUUGCUAAAAUCAUUUAAAUUAUUUUUUUCCUCAUUAAUGUACACACAGCACCCCAUAUUGACAGACAAAAAAAAGAAUUUUUGAAAUUGUUGCAGAUUUAUUAAAAAAGAAAAACUGAAAUAUCACAUGGUCCUAAGUAUUCAGACCCUUUGCUGUGACACUCAUAUAUUUAACUCCGGUGCUUUCCAUUUCUUCUGAUCAUCCUUGAGAUCACCUUCAUUUGAGUCCAGCUGUGUUUGAUUAUACUGACUGGACUUGAUUAGGAAAGCCACACACCUGUCUAUAUAAGACCUUACAGCUCACAAUGCAUGUCAGAGCAAAUGAGAAUCAUGAGGUCAAAGGAACUGCCUGAAGAGCUCAGAGACAGAAUUGUGGCAAGGUGCAGAUCUGGCCAAGGUUACAAAAAAAUUUCUGCUGCACUUAAGGUUCCCAAGAGCACAGUGGCCUCCAUAAUCCAUAAAUGGAAGACGUUUGGGACAAGCAGAACCCUUCCUAGAGCUGGCCGUCUGGCCAAGCUGAGCUAUCGGGGGAGAAGAGUCUUGGUGAGAGAGGUAAAGAAGAACCCAAAGAUCACUUUGGUCGAGCUCCAGAGAUGCAGUGAGGAGAUGGGAGAAAGUUGUAGAAAGUCAACCAUCACUGCAGCCCUCCACCAGUCAGGGCUUUAUGGCAGAGUGGCCUGUCGGAAGCCUCUCCUCAGUGCAAGACACAUGACAGCACACAUGGAGUUUGCUAAAAGACACCUGAAGGACUCUGAGAUGGUGAGAAAUAAGAUUCUCUGGUCUGAUGAGACCAAGAUAGAACUUUUUGGCCUUAAUUCUAAGCGGUAUGUGUGGAGACAACCAGGCACUGCUCAUCACUUGUCCAAUACAGUCCCCACAGUGAAGCAUGGCGGUGGCAGCAUCAUGCUGUGGGGGUGUUUUUCAGCUGCAGGGACAGGACGACUGGUUGCAAUCGAGGGAAAGAUGAAUGCGGCCAAGUACAGGGAUAUCCUGGACAAAAACCUUCUCCAGAGUGCUAAGGACCUCAGACUGGGCCGAAGGUUUACCUUCCAACAAUACAAUGACCCUAAGCACACAGCUAAAAUAACGAAGGAGUGGCUUCACAACAACUCUGUGACUGUUCUUGAAUGGCCCAGCCAGAGCCCUGACUUAAACCCAAUUGAGCAUCUCUGGAGAGACCUAAAAAUGGCUGUCCACCAACGUUUACCAUCCAACCUGACAGAACUGGAGAGGAUCUGCAAGGAGGAAUGGCAGAGGAUCCCCAAAUCCAGUUGUGAAAAACUUGUUGCAUCUUUCCCAAGAAGACUCAUGGCUGUAUUAGCUUAAAAGGGAGCUUCUACUAAAUACUGAGCAAAGGGUCUGAAUACUUAGGACCAUGUGAUAUUUCAGUUUUCUUUUUUAAUAAAUCUGCAACAAUUUCAAAAAUUCUUUUUUUGUCUGUCAAUAUGGGGUGCUGUGUGUACAUUAAUGAGGAAAAAAAUUAAUUUAAAUGAUUUUAGCAAAUGGCUGCAAUAUAACAAAGAGUGAAAAAUUGAAGGGGGUCUGAAUACUUUCCAUACCCACUGUAACACAUGUGACUCGGAAAGACUCCCGACCCGGUUGACUCGCACCUGCAAGGCCGUUUCUGUCCUAUUUGGUGCCUCAGACAAGAAAAUCUGUCUCAACAAACCCCCCAGAUAGUUUCACACCACACACACACACACAAUGCCACAGCAUAAUUCAUAGCAAAAGUAAAAAUCAAUCGCAGCAGAGACAUUGCCCACUACAUCAAUUGGGAUUUUAACCCACCAGGGACAAUGACAUUAUGAGGAGGGGGAUGGGGUGCAAUGACACAUUUUAACACUAUACCAAGCAUAGAACCUGUUGUCCCCCACACCCCUUAAAAUUUUAACCAGUACCUUUUUUUUUGAGUAGGAUUGGGGGUACAGCUGGCACUGUGCUUGUGUAGUGCUAAAUGUGUCCCUAUGCGAUGUCCCCCUGGAGUUGCAUGUUUUGGUUAAAAAUCCAUGGUGGUGUUGUGGCCACAGUGUCUCUGCUUGCAAUGCCUCCAAGACCUCCUCUCCUCAGUGUCACUCUCUCACCUGAGGAACAAGCCAAGCGGGCAGCAGUGGCGAUGACAGGGCCACCUGGACUCUGUCACUCACUCAAGUCCAGACUGCACCUACAUCGGUCAUCACUCACCAUUGAAGAGGAGGAGGAGGGGACUGGGACUCAGCUGUGUGUCCCAUCUGGUAGGCUGCGUGUCACACGGGAGCACCCGGUGUGGUGUUGGUUGAGUCCUGACUCCUGGUCCUGGCAGCGGCUCACUGCCAAAAGUUGAAGCGUCUCGUCCUCACACUCCCGCACAUAGCGCAACAUAUAGCGAGUAGACCAGCCGCACAUCGCACGAGAUCCCUGGCAUGCUGCCUGCAUUAGUGUACACAAUGGCACACAGAUUGUGCUGUGCAUCGUACAGGCGCUGCUGAGGCUGGCACACAACAUAAACAUUUCUUUGUGCUUUCUAAACAAAAUAAGGCUGCGCUGCAGUAAUGCACCCUGACCACUAGAGGCCCUUACUUGGACAGCCUACGCCCAGAAACAUCCCUGCCCACCUACAUAGCAAAACACCUCAGCUAAAGCUUCCAAUAGUGCCUGGAGCAUAGGUGGCACUGGGACACACACUUGCCAUUCAGUCAUAAAGUCCCUUUGACGCUUUACAAAUCCAAUGAAAUGUAACAUCUGCCUUGCAUAGCGGGCAUGCGCUCCUCGCUCAUCUUUUAUAUGGCAGCAUGUUGUCUUCCAGGGUUGUAUUAAGCAAGCAAGAGCACCACAAAGUAAAAUAAAUGUCCCUGUGGCACCUUUUACAGUGGGCACGUGGCUUCCAAACAGCCAAGAAUAUUGCAAAUGACAUUAAACCUGAAGUAGUCUGUUACGGGGCACCUGGCAAACCCAUCAAGGGCACAGCAAAUUGAUGAUACCCUCCUAUAUAGUGCCUUUCUCACUGCACACACAAUCUCCAGGUGCUUUGAAAAGCAAUAUUCCUGAAAAAAAUUAAAAUUAAUUCUUAUUCUAUAGAGUGGUGGUCGCCGAAGGGGUUUCAGACCACUUUGCUAAAGUCCAAUAUACUGUACAUCACACCACCAAUGUUCAUAAAUUCCCGACUUUUACUUGACUACGCAUAUUGACGUGAAGUGCGUUGCUUGAUACGAGUUUCAAAGUCACUGAUCAGAAUUAACCCCGUCAGUCUUGAAGACGGCGUGAUGGCAGCCACUGAAGAAGAUGCCACGUGUGGGCACUACGGGCAAACAUUCAAGUGGGUUUAAAAUGAAGUGGAAGGGAAGUAAAAGUGGAUAUGAUUCACAAAGACGUCCCUCCGAGAUUUUACAGUCGGGCACAGAAAGGGGGGCAUCAACCUGAUUAUAUAGAAGUAAACACGUAAGAAAUCAUAUAACGGACUGAGGUGUAUCUGAGCAUUGAAGGUGUCACAUGUCUGCACUGUAGAGUCACUGCUAUAUAUCACAAAUCAUUACAGAAUAAUGUAACAUGACAAUAGCCUUCCGUAUAGCGCCUUAUAGUCCUGCUCAACAAGGCACCUUUCACACUUACUACUGUCGCAUUCUACACCCUGAAGUAACCAGGCAUUACUCGCUCUAAGCUGAGAGUGUCCGACAUUUUAGUAAGCAGGGUCCGUGGCGAAGUUCCCCGAUGGUCUGUGAUGAGAAUUUUCAAUCGGUGGACUCGGAGGAAGCUCUCGAGUUCAGACAGAUGGCAUGCAGGCUACAGGAAGUGUAUGGGAGUUUGAAGCAGGUUGAGUGACACAAACCCAAUGAACCCCAAGCCCCCCCCCCCACUUCCCCCACAUGUAUUGCACCUCUCCACAUAUUCUGUGAAAGGCAAAUCCCCUCGGUCAACUGCAGUGCUGGUGUCCCGCCCAGAGUUGGUUCCUGCCGUAAGUCUGGGAUGGUCCCCAGUUACCCUAGAAUGGGUUCAGAAAAUGAAUCGUCGGUCAUAACCUGCAGGGGGCAGCAUUGCACUGGGAGGGCUGGAUUUGCUUUUUUUUUUUUUUUUUUUCCCUAUCACACAUCUUCAAAGCCCACUUGUUAUGCUUAGAACCUCUUUUUUUUGUAUGAGAUUUUAAAGAAAGAAAAUCAACAAAUGAUCUAAAGAAAGACGCUUUAAUAUAUUUUGUUGUAUUUUUUUAUAUUGACGUUUGUAUGUAGUAAUAUAUUUGUGAAGUCUGGUUACCAAGCAAGUGAAUGUAAACAUGAAACUGACGACACAAAGACGCCUCCUCCAGAUCUGCUGUUUUUUCAGAUAAGCUUGUGUUUCCGAUUACUAAUGACGCAUGUGAAUAAACUGUAUAGUUACCUCUCUCA